UGUUUUAGUGUUGAUGCAGAGCAACACGUAGCUGGACUCCAUCCAUCUCAGUUUUCCUCGACAUUUCUCUCGUCGCUGUGUGUGGGGGCUGCGCUUCCUCCUGCCGGCUAUGAGGGAUUUUAUUCGCCUUUAGACUUGAUCACACUCCCACUGGGAUCGUUUUUCUUUUUUUUUUCCUUUGGUUUGGCGUUCGUGUAGUUUCUGUUGAACAAAAGCGCAAUAUAUAUAAGAUUUCCCCCCGUUUUUGGCGUCGUGAGGAAAGUAAACAUGUCGAAGAACGUGGAGGAGGUGAAGCAGCUCACUGAAAGUACAUACAAGAAUGUGAUGGACCAGUUCAAUCCAGGACUGAGGAACCUGGUCAACCUGGGCAAGAGCUACGAGAAGUCAGUGACUGCAAUGACGAUGGCAGGAAAGCUGUAUUUUGAUGCACUAUCGAAGAUAGGGGAGAAUGUUGCCCCGUCUCCAGUCUCCAGAGAAUUGGGUGCAGUGCUGAUGGAAAUCUCAGACGUUCACAGGACCGCUCAUCAAGAGCUCGAGGAAAAUUUUAAGAGGUUCCACAGAGAUAUAAUAACCGAGCUCGAGAGGAAGACUGAAAUGGAUGUUAAAUACAUGACAGCCACUUUUAAGAGAUACCAGAUGGAGAACAAGAUGAAGCAAGAUUCUCUGGAGAGAUCCCAAUCGGACCUGAAAAAGCUGAGGAGAAAGAGCCAAGGCAAGAACGCCAACAAGUACGAGAACAAGGAAAGCGAGUGCCUGGAAACACUGACGAGCCGAACGAUGGACAUGCAGUUGUUCAUUGCGGACGGCUGUAAAGAAGCUCUGCUGGAGGAGAAGAGACGCUUCUGUUUCCUUGUGGAUAAACACUGCGUGUUAACCUAUCACUUUGCCUCCUUCCAUGAUAAGGCUCGAGAUAUUCUGACGGCGAAGCUGAGUAGCUGGCAGGACCAGUGCAUCGAUGCCACCAACAUGCCUGAGAGUGUUUUGUCCAUGAUUGAAGGGUUGCGUACGCCAGUUUCCAUCACACCACUGCCUUCCCCCUCCCCAUCACGACACAGCGUGAACAUGUCUGCUCCCCCGGCUCCCCCUGUGAAGGCUCAUAUCAGUCCUCUGGCGAAUAUGUUCACCCAGGACAACAACGCCACUGUAACCACUUUUACCAACAACAUCUCAGACCAUGGGAACAGUGAGGAGAACAAUCUCGCCAGGUCUGUGUCUGUCGCUACAGGCCUCAACAACAUGGUGAAGAGGCCUCGUGUGCGCACCAUCUUCCCCCACACCGCUGGCAAUAACAACACACUGCUCAGCUUUGACGAGCAAGACAUCAUUUUCCUACUUAUCCCUGAUGAGAAGGAUGGAUGGAUGUACGGCGAAUUGGAGAAAAAUAAAAAGAGGGGCUGGUUCCCCUCAUCCUACUGUCGCGCUCUCACCGAGCCUCUCGUGAAUAACAACAGUGAGACUACAGUUCCGUUACGCAGCAGAAGUGUGGUCAACCUGCACCGUCAGGACUCAGAGACGGAUGAUGCGACCAUGGUUCUCCCCCCAGCUGACUACUGUGACACCCCACAGCGCAAAGCUAUCAAAAACAACACUUUUUCAUCCUCCAGCAGCAUCGCCACAAAUAAUCCUCAGCAUUCUCCCACGUCCUCUGCAGCCUCCUCAUUUGAUCACAACACGGUGGCUCAGUCUAAUGGCACCUCAAGACCUUCACCUGCUUACCUUGCCGGCGGGAACCCAUUUGCCACAGUCAGGCUACGCCCAACCGUCACUAAUGAUCGCUCUGGUCCAGUCAUCUGAUGUGUGUCUGCAUCGUCAGUCCUGUCACGUUUCCUGCGUCACCUGCUCAGGCCGUGCAGUUCAGCCUCUGCUCUUAUCGUCCAUCUGCUGCUCGCAGGCCAGUGUUGAGGAAAAGAAAAAAAGCCAUUUGAAUCUGUGAUCCCCUAACGGCUACAAACUGAUAAAAGUAUUUUGGGACAAUUUUAUUUACUUAACAGACGCUCAUAUUUAUGACAUGUAUUUUUUAUAUAUAUUUUAGUCCAUCUGUCUGUGGUAGUGACAUUUAAAUUACCACAGUUUUAACUGCACUUAAGAUAUGGAUCAAUAAAUAUGGUCAAAGAAAAUACUGUAGUGUAUUUAUGCUGUUUGUCAGAAAUCGUUAGAGACCAUAGGACAGUACUGUGGAGGACCUUCGCAUUUCACCUUUAAGUCCUUUUUCAUGUUUCUACUCUAACGAAAGAGUAAAGAAGAGGUAAAGAAGUGCAUUUGUCUUCUGACCAUUACGUUUGUGCAGCAGGACCUAAGUUGUUUUACAAUGUAAACUUUUUGUAAUGUGGACACACUUCUGCCUUAAUGAUGCAUACAUGCUUACUGUAAAAUAUUUUACCUGUUGCCUUCUCCACCUCAACAUUUACAGUGAUUUCUGCUUGUACCUUUACUAAUGGCAAGACCACAUGUACACAUUUUGUCUUUGGCCAUCAUCACACCCUUGAUAGAAUUUGG